AUGAAAGCUCUAUGCGGCUCGGCUGAGCCUCCUCGGUCUUCCUCUUCUUCUUCAUCAACUUCGCCUUCUUCCCUCACCACGCCAUCCUCAUCACCAUUGUCUUCGCCGCGAUCCUCGUCACCGUCAGAAUCUCCACUUCUCCUGCCCUCGACCUCCUACUCACCCCCUUCGCCAGCCUCAAGCACUUCCCUACUCACCACGAUCGUGACACCCACGGCGGCCGUCAAUUGUCUCGAACCCGCAAGUCAAACUCCAACUCCAACUCUCCACACAGAGAACACAGUGGUUCAUCCCUGCAGUCAUACUCAUACGGACGAUAAAGGCAAAACACCACCACCACCCCGACCAUCAUCACCGAAAAGUAGCCGUAUCGAGGAUAUCUACUUCACCCUCCCAAUGAGUCGCGAGAAUCUGUCCACCAAUCCCGGCGACGAGGGCAGCCACUCCAGGAAACGUCGCGCCUGCACCCUGCAGAACUGGUCCGCCGAAAUCGAUCGAAGACUGUGCGGACACUGCGAGAUGCGCGACUUUGCGUACAAAGAGACAGAAGGCAGGCAUGCGAUGGCGUAUGGAUCCGGAGACGGGGAGGCUUAA